UUUAUAGAAGACAGUGAAGACACACAUUAGAAGAGAUUUAUUCUAUGAAAUAAAUUGUAUAUGCGUUAAACUAGUUGUAACCGAAAACAAAUUGAUAUUGUGUAUCAGAUAUUCACCAACAUCGAUCUGUCCCAGUGGCUCUACCACUUUGUUUCCUUUAUACUUCAACCGAGACCAUUCGUUAUAAAAGGUCUCUAUACUGACCUGCGACGUGAAAACCUGUGGGCAGUCGAGACCAAUAGCUCGUACAGAGCAGUGACGUGGCAACGAGACACUGGAUUCCACUGCCCACAGGUUGUGACAUUGCAGAAAGUAGAUUUGGUCUGGAGAUGUAAAUGUAUCUGGUCAGUUGCCAAUGAAUUUGGUUUCCAGCUUAAUUACGUUGACUUAGAAAUCCUACUUGGACAAACUGGACAUCUUGCCAAAUUGUCAACCUAUGAUCAAUACAAAAUAUCGGCUGUUUAUUACUUCAGAUUUGACGUCGUAUGACGUUGCGAUGGCUGACUAGUCGUGUGAUAUGCCUUAUGGAUUGUCAUCUCUGGGAUCAGGCGUUGAAACUCUACCACCCCUCCCCAUGUAAUAAUCUUCCAAUCUGAAGGGACAUCCGAAACACGUAAAACAUAAUACGAAUGUGGCUCACUGGUGAAAUAAUUUUAGAAUCCUCGACUGGACGAAGUCUAGAUCAAGUACACAUUAAGGACGAUAGCAUUACAAAAAAAAAAAAAAAAAAAAGAAGGCAAGAAAUUCUAGUUCUACUUCCUGCGGAAUUAAUAAACCUACAUUCACCUGUAUAAAGAUAUAAUGUAGAGGAGUUCCGUUUUAAAAGGCUAUGGCGUUUAUGCACAGAAUCCACAAGGCCCUAGUGUUUGUAAGCGCCUCUUCUGUCAUUGCUAUUGUAUUCUUCCUGUUUCCGUCAAACAUCUAUCUCUCAAGUUCACAAGCGAAUUCCUUACUUCUCACUGAGAAAUCAUUCUCAACGCUUAAACCCAAUGACACACAGAUUGUUCAGAGACCCACCGAAUACUUGCCUACAGGUGGCACACAGCUCAUUGAGAGAUCAACCGAGUACUUACGUACGAGUAGCACACAGUUAGUUCUGAUGACCAACUCAUCUUUAAAAGAGAGCGAGCUACUUCGAUCUAAGUACGACAGGUGCCCUGAGUGUUAUCGCGCAGCAGUUCGUGAUGUGAGCGGUGCUUUGGUUGAGGUGCCUUUGUCGAGUCAGCCAGGGCAGCCCCAAGUUUUCAAUAAGCCCAGGGAGAGCGUGGUCAGCUCUUGGGUGAUGCACUCUAUCCUCACGCCUCGUGUCUGCAGUUCCAGUCCACCUUAUCUUCUUGUUCUCCAGAUGUCCGUUCCAUCAGAGAUCAACGCCAGGAAUGCCGUGAGAGAAACUUGGGCCAGCGUGGCCUCGGGGCGAAAAUGGCCAAAUCGCGUUGUCAACGCCGACGUUAAAGUGGUUUUCGUGAUUGGGCAUGGCACCAGCAACGACACAAGGAUUGACAAGGAGGCUGUAUCUGCCGAGUCAGCCACCCAUGGAGACAUUCUCUAUCUGGACAUGAUGGAGUCCUACAGGAACCUGACUCUCAAGGUCGUGUCCUCUUUAUAUUGGGUAAAGGUCACUUGUCCUGGAGUCAGGUUUGUGGCCAAAGUGGACGUGGAUACGUUUGUCAACGUCCCACUUCUGGUAGACACACUUCUGGUAGAGGAGAUCAAGUUGAACUUUGCCAUUUUAGGUUAUGUCUAUAAAAAAGAAAAAAGCGUGGUCCUAAGGGAAGGUGCCUGGGCUGUGAGUGAAUCUCUGUUCCCAGGGCCGUAUUAUCCAGUCUACGCCUCUGGCUGCGCCUACAUUCUAUCUCAAGAAGUGGUUUCAAAGAUUGUGGAGGCUGCUCCAUACAUCCCCAUGCUCCCAGUAGAAGACGUGUUUCUGACUGGCAUCAUGCGACACGUCAUUCAAUGUCAGCUCUUCUCACUGGACCACUACUUCACUCACAAGCUGGACCUGAAGUGGAGCGUGUGCAGCAUGUACCUGGACCAGAAAAUCAUGGGCACAUCUUGUGACGAGGUCAAGCUAAGAGAAGUUUGGGGAAAAUAUCAGCGAAGUGACGGACAGUGCUCUUGAGGACGUAUCUUAGGUGAGGCGUCCCGCGACACAAGAAUUGGACAUUUAUGUGUCUAUCAUGCCGAAAAAAGUUGUACAGCACUGACCAAGACAUUUUGAUAAUUUUAUCAAUGUUUUUAUUUUUAUAAUUUAACUUAAUUUUAAUAAAAAAGUUUAAAUUAAAGAUUUCGAUGCAUUAAAAAAAUUCAAUGCUUUUAUUUCAUGUUUGGAAUAGAUUUAUUUAAGAUGUUCAUCUCUCUGUGGCAUUUUACGUCUCGAGAGAAAAUCUUUCCCUUUGAAACUUCUUGUGUGACUAAAGAGGCCAAUCCUUGAUACACAGCUGCGGUCACAGGUUGGGCAUAUGUAAUCACCAAGAGCUGUUGCAUUUUCACCCUUCUUUCUGCUUCUGUUGUGUAUGGCAUCUGCUAUUCGAAACCCUUCCUUUAUGCUCUCUCUCCAUGUGGAUCUAUCCAGUGCUUCUAUUUUUCCCAGCUGCCAGUGUCGAUUUCUAAGAGCUUCAUGGCGCGUUUGCAUACAUCUGUAUACCGUAAAAGUGGGCGACCAGCGGCUAUCCUGCCUUUUGGAAGUCGACCUACUGGCAUUCUACGAACGUGGCCCAGCCAGCCAAGGCAUUUGCUGCUGGUAACACAGCGAUGUUCUGGCACCCUGCUCUUCGUAGCAUAUGGUUGAAAAAAAAAUAAUUUUUUAUUAGCUUUUUGUUCUAUCCGGUAUACAAAGGACGUGUUGAUAACCUAUUUGUUUUUUUUCAAUGGCGUCUGAUCAUCUUUAUGCACUUUUAGCGCUGCUGAAUCAAAGUUUCUAGACUCUUUCAUUUGUAACACAAAAUAAUUUCAAUAUGGAGGAAGCAUUAGACGUCGCUGUAUGACUAAAAACUUAUUUAAAAGAAAGCAGUAGUUAAGGAGAUUUGAUACGAAUAUUAAAUAUUAACUGCAACGCUUUGCGCUUUUGUUAAAAUUAUGGCCCGAUUCGUUUUGAUUGAGUUGGCAACUGGGAAGCGCACUUUAGCGUCCUUGACAUUAUUUGGUUUAUCGUGAACAAAAUGCUAAUACAAAGUUUUCUGGUCAAUGAUUUUGUGUGUUUUAGUUUUAAUUGUAUUUUGUAUGCUUGUGUGUGUGUGUGUGUUUUAGUUUUAAUUGUAGUUGUGUAUUUUGUGUGUGUGUGUGUUUUAGUUUUAAUUGUAUUUGUGUAUUUUGUGUGUGUGUGUGUUUUAGUUUUAAUCGUAGUUGUGUAUUGUGUGUGUGUGUGUUUUAGUUUUAACAUGUAUUUUGUGUGUGUGUGUGUGUUUUAGUUUUAAUUCUAUUUGUGUAUUUUGUGUGUGUGUUGGCUUACAUAAUUUUUAUUAAUUAUAGCAGAGUGGUCAAACACACAGUGUAAUGGAAUAACAAAUACUAGAAAACCACUAUCUUGGCUUUAUUCAACAAUAUUAGGCUACAGUAAACA